UUCAAUUCAAAUCCUCAUGCUUCUUGAUCUCUUCGCAAGAUCGAGUGUAAGUAAGCCGAAGAAGAAGAAAAACAGGGAAGAGGUACUACAUAUUUGGAGGGAAUCAGCGAAUGAAUUUACUAGAACUACCGCUAAAUAGAAGCUCUCAGUCGCAGCGAAGGCCUCGAAGUAAACUGGAGCCAUGCGACCGAUCCUUGUCAUCCUGAUUUUCUUCUCGGGAUCAGUACUUUCAAGAUACUAUGAAAAAAAACGCUUUGACCGCUCCAUCUACGAUGACUUUGAAAUACCGAAUGUUGGCAAGCACUUAAUAAAGAAGCAAUGGACAUUUACUGAUUAUGAAACGCAUUUUAGUGCAUAUAAGGAUAGAGAAGAAAACAAUUGCUAUAUAGAGAAAUUAGAAGACAAUAUCGCUGCAGAAGGACUUUCAGAAAAUGGAAUUGAACAGAAGCAAACAUCAAAAGUUCUUUAUGCUCCAAACGAAUUUUUGACAAAAUUAGAGGCAUGGCAAAUUGCUGGAGCUAGAAUAGUUGAUUUCUGUAAUGGUCACAAAAUUAUUUUACUACAAAAAACUAUUCCAAUAUUCGAACAAACGAUAGAUCCUUUUUUUAAUAUACUUCCUAUGGAUGAAAAUGAUAUCGUAACAAGAAGAGUAGCUGAUAUACUUCUAACACCACUGAUAAGUCGAGCUAAGAGACAAGUCGCGCUUGAAGAAAGGCAUAAAAACUUUAAACAAAAUCGUUUGCGUCGUCAAGUACAACCAUCUCCAGGAAAAUUUCGAGGACAGACACAAUCUCAAUACUUAAGUAUCGGUAAUAAUGAACAGAAAGAAGGCAAGGCCGAGGCUGAAGCUACUCAACAAUCUUCCCGCGCAGUUGUUACUGGAAGCAAUGGUAUGGGGCAAGCACAAAGUAUGUCAUUGGGUAGUAGUGGAUGUGAAGAUUGUUCAAAAUAUACUGGUGAAAAUGUUCCAGAUAGAUAUGUUCAAAUUCCAGCAAUCAAACAACCAGGAGAUAAUACUGUUGGACAAUCUGGUAUGAUCACUCCUGGAAUGGGUGCAACUUAUCCUAGUAAAAUACCUGCUAGUACAGUUCGAGAUCAUAUGCCUUACCUUAGUGGUGGUGCAAUGUAUCCUGGACGUAUACUUGACACUGCAACUGGUAGUGAUGCAUCAUACCCAACAAGAGUAGGUGGCACAAUUUAUUCCGGAAAUAUACCUUCUACUACAAUUGAUGGUAGAGUAGUCCAUUCUGGAAGUGUACCUGGAGGAACUGUACCUGGUACAACAACUGCUGGUGGUGUAGCUUAUCCUGGAGGAGUUCCUGGCACUAUAACAGGUGAUGAUGCAGUUCACCCUGGUGGUUUACCUGGUACUGUAAUAAGUAGGCGUAUACCUUACUCUGAAGGUCCACCUCGUACUACCACUGGUGGUGGUAUAGCUUACUCUGGAGGUAUACCUACUACUACAACUGGUGGUGGUAUUGCUUACCCUGGAAAUAUACCUACUACUACAACUGGUGGUGGUGUUGCUUACCCUGGAAAUAUACCUACUACUACAACUGGUGGUGGUACAGUUUACCCUGGAGGUGUACCUAGUACUACAAUUACUGGUAGUACAGUUUACCCUGGAGGUGUACCCAGUACUAUAACUGGUGGUGAUGUUGCUUACCCUGGAGAUGUACCUAGUACUACAAUUACUGGUACAGUUUACCCCGGAGGUGUAUCUAGUGAUGGUGCAGCUUAUCCUGGAAGCAUGCCUGGUACAACAAUUGGUGGUGGUGUAACUUAUCCAGGGAGCAUACCUAGUACAACAACUGGUGGUGGUAUAGCUUAUUCUGGAAGCAUUCCUGGUAUAACAACUGGUGGUGGUGUAACUUAUCCUAGAGGAGUGCCUGGUACUAUAACAGGUGCUGAUGCAGUUCACCCUGAAGGUGUACCUGGUGCAACAACUGGUCUAAGUAUAACUUAUCCUGGAGGAGUGCCUGGUACUGUAACAGGCGGUGAUGUAGUUCAUCCUAAAAGUGCACCUGGUACAACAACUGGUCGUGGUGUAACUUAUCCUGGAGGAGUGCCUGGUACCGUAACAGGCGGUGGUGUAGUUAAUCCUAAAAGUGCACCUGGUACAACAACUGGUCAUGGUGUAGCUUAUCCUGGAGGAGUGCCUAGAACUUUAACAGGUGGUAGUACAGUUUACCCUGGAGGUGUGUCUGGUAUUACAACUGGUGGUCAUGUUGCUUAUCCUGGAGGUGUGGCUGCUACUACAAUUGGUGGUAAUGUAGCUUACCCUGGAGGUGUACCUAGUACUACAACUGGUGGUGGUGUAACUUAUCCUGGAGGUGUACUUGGUACUACUACUGGUGAUGGUGCAGUUUAUCCCGGAGGUCUGCCUGGUACUGCAACUGCUGGUGGCAUAACAUACCCUGGAAUAAUUUCUGGUACAACAACUGGUAGUGGCAUAGCUUAUCCUGGAGGUGUACCUGGUACUACGACUAGUGAUGAUGUUACUUACCCUGGAGUACCUGGUACUGUAACUAGUGGUAGUGUACCUUACCCAAGUGGUGUUUAUACUAGUGGUACUGUACCAGAUACCAGAGAUACUCUCCAUGGCCAAAUUAUAACAGACUCAAAAGCAAUUGGAGAUGCUAAUGUGUAUCCUGGUGGACAGUCCCCUAGACAAUUUUUUGGAACAUCAGGUACACCAAGGACUUUUCCUGGUCGUCCUACUGAUGUUACAGGUGUUUAUGGCGGUGGUAUUUCACCACCAGUAAGUCAAUUAGGAGAAACUGUACAUUAUCCAGGAAACGUGAUACCAGGUAAAAAGAUUAAUGGAGGCAUUAUACCAAAAAUAUCUGUCACAGCUCCAAGUGGUGAUAUUACCUAUUCUACAGGUACUGCACCAGGAACAAGUAAUCUUGAUGGUACAAGAGAUUCUUUUCAAGGAAAAUACUCGGAAAAUCGUGCAAUAAUACCGCCGAGUUAUCCAUUGCAAGGACAAUAUCCUGGCAGUUCAAGAUGGCAAGAUAAAGGAGCUUUAACUUCAAGUCUUGUAGGGCAUGGACAAUACCCAAUUGAACAAUACCCAGGUGAAGGACAAGGUAUCAAACAAUAUCCUGGUAGUAUACAGUAUCCAUCCAAUAUAAGAUCCAUAACAAAUACUGGAGAGAUUCCUCAAUAUUAUCAACAACCUAGUAAUCUUUUACCUGUAGAAAGUGAUAACUCUAAUUCUCAAGCAUCUAGUUCUGUGAAACAAACAGAUUCAGGUACUCAAGCAAGCGCAUCAGCUCAAGGCAAGUUUCAACAAGGUACAGCUCAAUCUCAAGUAACAGGUACUUAUAGUGGUACUGGAUCAUUCUCAGCUCAAGCUGGUAGUACUGACAUAAAUAAAAGUGCACAAGCUGAAAUUAAUGGUGGUAAAGAAGGUGCAGUAAGCAAUGCUCAAGGAGUUGGUGGUUAUGGAAAGAGUCAAACACAAGUUCAAUUAAAUUCAGAAUUAGGUGCUACAACAACAGGUGCACAAAGCAGUGGCUGGAAUCAUGGUACAAAUUCCCAAGUACAAGCAAGCUCCAAAGGUGGAAUGGCAGAUGCUCAAGCAAAUGGUGAAGGAAGUACUUCAAGUCAAGCUCAAAUUGGUUUUCAACCAUAUCUUAAAACAGAUGAAAAAAUUGAAAGAUAUUCGAAACCAUUCCGCGGAGGUGGGACAGCAUCCGCUCAAAGUGGAGCAUAUACAGGUCAAUCUCAAUCUCAACUUGAAGGAUCUUUCCAAUAUGGAAUUACUUACACUGGUGCUGCACAAGCAGGAUCGGGCUCUGGUGCAGCAACUUCCAGAAAGCCAUUCAACUUCAAUCUUACGGAUAGUGAGCUAUUUAAACCAUUCAAACCAUCUUAUGGACCACAAAUUGUACAGAAGAAUAGUAGUGAAAGGAUAAAUACAGCCUCAGAUAAUGAAUAUAAUCAAGACAAACUUCAGUCAGGUUUACAAACUAGUUCUAGUUUCCAAAGAAGAACUUUUACUAAGCCAGAUGACAAUUCGCGAAAUAUUACUAGUAAAACAGAUCAAUCUGUUGAAAAGUCCCAACUGGAUGAUUCAGUAUAUGAUUAUGAAGAAGAAUAUAAUGGCGAAGAUUAUGACAUGUCAUCAUUUCAAACUUCAAUGAAUCCGAAGAUUUCAAAAAGCUAUGCUGCAGAACAAAAUAAUAGUAAUUAUCAAUUACAAACAUUACAUAUUGCAGCUGGAAAUCAGUAUGACGUUCAUGUGAAACAAGAUACUAAUGCACCACAAGUUGGUGAUGUCCUCCAACCUGGACAAUCAUUACAAUCAAGGUACACUAUACCACCUGGCUUUCGUGGUAGAGUAACAUCUGUAGCUGGUGAUAAAAUUAUUACUCAUGGCGAUGGGAAAUCUCAAUCUCAAACAGUUUCUCUGAUUCCAAAAGAACCAAAUAUAACUUACGAAAAUAAAUCACCUAUUUCAGAAAUCAGAUCUCUUAAAACUAAUCAUGAAAGAUUAAUAGAAAGUUAUGCUGCAUCUAAAGAAAAGCAAAAAAAUACUUUUCCACAAAUCCAAUAUCAAACUUCAACAGAAUAUCCGAAAUUCAAUUCUAAUGUACCAAUGAAACCAAGUUAUUAUACAAUAACAAACAGCAUUGCUGGUAAACUAGAUGGUAGAAAUUCACCAAGGAAAUAUGAACAUCGUUAUUACACGAAAAGUUCAACUUGUGGAUAUUUUACAUUCUCUUGCAAUAUUGUAUAUGGUUCUAAUGGUAGAACAAAAAUUUGCAAACCAAAAAUGCCGACAUAUCCCGAUGGCACUCCCAUGAAAUGUUAGAUAGUGAUUAUAAGGUUUAAAAACUCUCUUGUAUUGUUUAAAAAAACUUAGUUUUUAUUCAUAGAUUAUUUUAUACUUUACUAAUAUUAGAGAUAUUUUUUUAUUACAAUUUAGAUUAUUCUUCUUGUUUAUCCUUGCAUUAAUAUUUAUGAUCAUUCAUAUAUCUUAUGAAUGUAAUAAUAUUUCUAUUAUUUCUUUCACAUAUACACACUACAUAUCAUUUUUAUUGAGGUACUUGUACUGAGUGUACAUUAUAAAUUUAAUGCUGCAUCAAAUUUUAGUAUCUAACCUUUUUUAUCAAUAAAA